UCACGAUAUUCUAAUUUUUAUAGUUCUUACUUGUUUGAUCUCAAAACGGUAGUGUGUGAAUUAUAUUGAACUAUUAUUAUAAUGAAGGUGGCGUUCAUAUUGAUAAGUUAUAUAAUAUACUUUGUAUUCUGCGAACCUCCUGCACCGAACAGUCAAUAUCUACCUCCAAAUGACUAUUCUACCUUAAGUGAAAAUUCAUUGGGUGCUCCACCAAGUAGAUCUUAUGGUGCACCAAGUUCUUCGUAUGGACCACCACAGAAUAAUAGACGUCCUCCAUCCAACUCCUAUGGACCACCUCGACCUUCUAUAACAGCGGCUAUAGUAGGUCCUCCAAAACCGGUUUAUGGUGUUCCAAAUGAAGAACAAUCUGAACCAGCUAAAUAUCAGUUUGAAUAUUCAGUAAAUGAUCCACAAUCUGGUAAUGAUUUUGGCCAUAUGGAACAAAGAGAUGGGGAUCACACCCAAGGACGGUAUUACGUUCUGUUGCCAGAUGGUAGAAAACAAAUUGUCAAUUAUGAAGCAGAUAGUAAUGGAUAUCGUCCUACAAUAACGUAUGAAGAAGCGUCUGGUGGAGGUUAUCCAAGUGGAAACGGAAAUGGUUAUAGAUAUUAAAUAUUAUCAGAUU